AUGGAAGCUCUCGCAACCAUUCCGCCUGCGGCGGCGGCGGUGCUGAUAACGCGCGCGAGGGAGAUAAUAGCGGCGGCGGUGGUUUCCGCUUUGGUCAACACCUCCCUCGUUAUUCUCACUCAGGAGUACCUAACUGAACUGAUCAAGAAGGCCAAUGUGAGAAAAAACGACCACUCUUACUGUCCUGGUGAGCCGGUUGAUGCGGAGGGGGAUGAUAAUGAUGAUGAUGAAGACGAUGGCGGAGAUGAGGAUGAAGGUGAGGAGGACUUGUCAUCCGAGGACGGAGAUGAUGCCGGGAACAACCCUAGCAACAACAAGAGCAACCCUAAAAAGGGUCCUGGGGGAGGAGGAUCGGGGCCGCCGGAGGAGAAUGGCGACGAAGAUGAUAGUGAUGGCGAUGGUGGUGGUGAUGGUGAAGACGACGAUGACGAAGAGAAUGGAGAGGAUGACCAAGACGACGACGAUGACGACGACGAUGAUGGCAAUGGUGAUGAGGGUGAGGAAGAAGUUGUUGAGGAGGACGAGCAAGAUGAAGAAGAGGACGAGGAAGAAGAAGCGAUACAACCCCCAAAGAAGAGGAAGAAGUAA